CAUUGCUGUCCCCUGUGACGUGAGCUAAAGCUAACAUUUCGAUAACGUUGAUAUACUGGCUCUGUUCUUCAGUCAGGCUGAACUUAACCUCAGCUGUGGUUCAGUUCGACAAGUAGACACCUUUAGCUCACUCCAUUCAUCAUGAUGAGAUGUUGCAGACAGAGGACACAACUGUUCGUAGCUAACAGUGGCAUGGUUUACUGAAAUUUCGGUAUCGACUGAUGAUUUCGAGGGCAAAAAGGACCCAGUCACUGAAGACCCAGAGCACAAUGUAUACACCAGGUUUAUGAAGUCUCACCGGUGUUAUGACCUCGUACCUACCAGCUCCAAAUUGGUUGUGUUCGACACAUCGCUUCAGGUGAAGAAGGCAUUCUUUGCACUUGUUUCUAAUGGGGUAAGAGCAGCUCCUCUGUGGGACAGUAAGAAGCAGUGCUUUGUUGGUAUGCUAACCAUCACAGACUUCAUUAAUAUUCUUCAUCGCUAUUACAAAUCUCCAUUGGUUCAGAUAUAUGAGUUGGAAGAACACAAAAUUGAAACAUGGAGAGAGUUGUACCUUCAGGACUCUUUCAAGCCCUUGGUUAGCAUAAAUCCCAGUGCAAGUUUGUAUGAUGCAGUAUCGUCUCUGCUGAAGAACAAGAUUCACAGAUUGCCAGUCAUCGAUCCCCUGACAGGGAACACGCUCUAUAUUCUCACUCACAAGAGGAUUCUCAAGUUCCUGAAACUUUUUAUAUCAGAGAUGCCAAAACCCUCAUUCUUGCGUCAGACCUUAGAGGAUCUGAACAUCGGAACCUUUAAGAACAUAGCGGUGGUCCGUGCAGACACACCGCUGUACACGGCGCUGGGUAUUUUUGUUGAGCAGCGAGUGUCAGCGCUCCCCGUUGUGGACGACAAAGGUCGAGUUGUGGAUAUAUACUCAAAAUUUGACGUUAUAAACCUGGCAGCAGAGAAGACGUACAACAACCUGGAUAUAACAGUGACCAAAGCCUUGCAGCACCGCUCUCAGUACUUUGAAGGCGUUCUGACCUGCAACAGACACGAAACCCUGGAGGCCAUCAUCAACAGACUGGUGGAGGCUGAGGUGCACAGGCUUGUGGUGGUGGAUGAACAGGAAGUGGUGAAGGGAAUCGUCUCGCUCUCAGAUAUUCUCCAGGCACUUGUGCUGACUGAUGGAGAGGAGGGCACUGCUUGAGUUACGAACACGGGAAAAGGCUACAUGGUUUCAGGAGGAACAGCAGCAGAAAUGUAAGAGGGGAAUUACGGAGGAGGGUCCAGUUAUCAUCAUCCAUCUCUUCUAACUAGGUUUCCUCUAUUCGCACCAAAAUAUCUGCCUCUGUGCAAAAAUAUGAAGUUCACCUAGUUUUAGCAACGCAGCAAUAUAUAAAUUUAGUUAUACGGGACACUUCAGGAGCUCUUGUGAGUUGAGCAAAAUCCGAAGUCACCAGACGAGUGUGACAAGAAAGAUGCGAAGCACUGAAAACCUCCGCCACUCAGAUAAAAUAAGAAAUCAGAUAAUUAGCUAAAGCAAAACCUGAUUUACCUGUAUUGCCUUUUGUUGGCAGCAUCUGAUUACUAGAAUAAUGCUGAAGUUCAGAUGCACAUUGAGCCAAUCGAAGGGUCAUAUUCAACACUGUGUAACUUUCGUUGUUCUUAGACAACAACACACAAUAAAACAUUUUUAAGAACUAUGAUGUUAUGAUCUAGUUUAUCCAUAUCCAGUUAGUUUAAUUAUUUAAAUACAGGUGGAGGAUCGAGCUGUCAGUCUUCUUUUUUAACUUGAAUAACCACCUUCUUCCAAUUUGUAAAGACAUAUUGAUGGAUAUAGUAUUUACAGUAUCUGUAUGUGUUCAGACACAUUCUUUCCACAUAUUACCUUUUCAAGAAGAUUGGAAAUAAUUUCAAGUAAUUUGUUAUCAAACUAUAGGAACAGCAUUGGAGAUUAUCAGUGUCUGCAAAUAGUCAAAAUAAUUUCGGGAGUUAAAUUAAAAAGACUUUGUUUUGGUUUUACUUAUUUUAAAUAAGAGCAGAUUUUGACAGAUUUCAGCGUCAGGAUGUUUCCCUUCAACUCGCUCUGGAUGAAUUUAAACUUUAAUGAAUUGAAAUGCAUUAAUGUGAUCUACAAAAUGAAUGUCCCCCAGUUACCAGUGUGAGAAGAAUCGAAGGGCUUUGCUUUUAAUCUGUUGUUUUCAGACAGCGAAGUAGCAAACCUGGAAACAGCACUUUAGACUCACUAGUCAUUCAUCGAUCAAUCUGUUGUAUAGACAGCCGUUAAUCGUAGUGUAUUCUGUGUACAACCGCUGAAUAUUUAUGGGUUCUAUGUUUUGCCAUUUUCUGUUGUCACAUGUAACUAAACGUACAUGAAUUGUACAUUUUACUCCAGAGAGAAGUUUCUUUUCCUGCAGGUUUUGUUAACUACUCUUUGGGGUUUGGCAUUAUUAAACUUAAAGGUGUUUGUUUAUUGGUUUUUGGAAAUGUGGUCCAUCACUCAAGACUAGUGGUCAAAUUAACAGUUCCUGGUUUGUUCAUUUUCUGAUUCAUAAGUUUGUGAAGUGUUAAUGUUGAUGUCAGAGUAUCUGAUGUUUAUUCAGCUGUUCAUUGUGUCUAUGGAAUCAUUUUAUCAAAAUCAAUAAAUACCAGCAUUUCCUCUAGUUUCAAAUGAUUAUAGGCCAAUUUACACACUUUGUUUUGGUAUACAUGAAAUAUAUUGAAAGGUUCAACUGUAUGUAAAGGCAGUUUUUUUGUACUAAUCUGAAUUGAGAUUAUAAUUUAAAGGAAGAGCAAUAAAGGUUCUUUGGAGUUUGUUGUAAA